UAAAAGAUAGACAUUGUCACUGCUUAUGUAAGGCCUGCAGGCCUAAAGACACAAACAUUUUUUUUACUUUUUUUAUUUAUUUGAGAAUAUACUUAUGAUAAUUCAUUCUCUAAACUAGUCAACGCUCGUAUAUACACACGAAUUCCAUCUGCCAAAGCCCAUGAACGGCUAGACCAAAUGUGGAAGAGGCGCGCCAAACUUUCAGCUUGAGAUUUGACAGCUACCUUAUUUUUCAAAAAACAAUUUUUGCAACAACGAAAACUAAGAAGAAGAAGAAGAAGAAGAAGAAGAAGAAGAAGAAGAAAAACAAAUGUGACUUUCUUUUUUAUCUAUAUAAAUAAAAAAUGAAACGGUUAAACCACUUUUUGCCAAUAGCCAAUUAAUUCACUCGCGCCUUACGAAUCCUCCAAUACUCCACGACACACCGCCGGCAUGUCCUCCAACAGCACGGCCUCGCCGGGAGCCGGCGGCACCCGGUGCUGCAAAGCGACGACGCUGGUGGCCGUGGCCGCCACGUCGUUCGUCUGCUGCUUCAUCCUCGUCGUCGCCUUCCUCUUCGUGCGCUUCCUCCUGCUCCGCCAGCGCUGGCGCCACCGCGCGAGAGGGCUCCAGCAGGAGCAGCAUCAUCGGUCCAAGCACGGCCUCGACGCCGCGGCCAUCGCCAUGCUCCCGUGCUUCCCAUACCGGCGGCAUGCCGACACCGCCGCCGACGCCGAGGGCUCGACCUCAGUGCCUGCCGCCGCCGCUGAGUGCGCGGUCUGCCUCGGCGUCCUGGACGAGGGGCAGAUGGUGAGGCAGCUCCCCGGCUGCAAGCACGUGUUCCACCAGGAGUGCAUCGACGUGUGGCUCGCGUCGCGCGCGUCGUGCCCGGUCUGCCGCGGCAAGGCCGAGCCGCCGCCGCUGGCGCGGGCCGAGGACAGGGCCGCCGCCGCAGCUUCCACGCCGGCGCGCGUCGCGGCGGUCGAGAUGUUCGGCGACGAGGAGCUCGCCUCGUCGUCAACGCCGCGAGAGGCUGAGAGGGCACCGUGGACGACGCGGCCGGAGGCCGGUGGCGGCUUGGCUUGACUCGACGGCGUCUCGCCAACGCCAACUUGUGUACAACAAUGGCCAAUCGUAGAAGCUUUGAUGUGUUUGUCAAGAAUCUAAGAUAGCAACAUCUGCAGGUCGUCGCUCUGGAAUAAUUUUGCAUAUUUUGACAAUUCUCUCCUGUCUAUAUUACGUGUCCAUCUAAAAUUCUGUAUUACUACUUGUGAACAACGAGUGGAUUAAA